CGCCCUAAUUCUUCGAACAGAACAUUUCGCGCCACUGGGAAGAAGCGGGAAGUGAGAAACGCAAAAGAAAACAGACGUUCACAUCCCUCCCAAGAAAAUGCAACUGAUCUCUUAAAAAGGAAAAAAUGCAACAUGAAAAAGAAGAAGAACCCAAGCGUUCUCUCGAAUCUCCCACUCCAUCUCCGAAGCCCUCUAAGAUUCCCAGGCCCGAAAACCCCUCCCCCGCCAUUCAAGAAUCCAUGUCCCAAAACCCUAGAAUCCAAAGAUACUUGAUCGCCGUUGAAUACAUCGGCACUCGAUUCUGCGGCUCGCAGAAGCAGCCAAACGACAGAACUGUCGUCGGCGUUCUUGAGGAGGCUUUUCAUAAAUUCAUUGGGCAGCCUGUUUCAAUCUUGUGCUCCAGUCGAACUGAUGCAGGAGUGCAUGCUUUAUCAAACGUUUGCCAUGUAGAUGUGGAGCGCAUCAGCAAAAGGAAGCCUGGUGCUGUGUUACCACCUCAUGAACCUGGAGUCGUUAGAAAGGCUGUGAACCAUUUCUUGCAGAAAAAUGAAGGUGAUAUUAUGGUGAUUGAUGUUCGAUGCGUUCCCCCUGAUUUUCAUGCUAGAUUCAAAGCUCAAGAGCGCACAUACUUCUAUCGGCUGCUCUCUGGGCCAGAGCCUUUAUCAACUUUUGAGAAAGAACGCGCCUGGCAUGUACCUAAGGAACUAGAUCUUGUUGCCAUGCAGAAAGCAUGUAACAUCCUUGUCGGACAUCAUGAUUUCAGUUCAUUCAGAUCUGCUGGUUGUCAGGCAAGUUCACCUGUCAAAACCCUAGACGAACUUCAUGUUUCUGAGGUGGUUUCAUCUCCAUACUUUCCAUCAAGUGUGGAGAGAAGACAAAUUAAUUCUUUUGAACAAGAUCUACAAGCAUCCUCUAAUACCUCAAAGAUCGAAACGACCAUGAAGUGUACAACUGCUACUCAUGAUAAAGUUGGAGGCUUAGGUAUUGCAAGUGGUCAAGCAUUUGGGCAAAUGACAAGACAACGUUGCUUCAUAGUAACAGCAAGGGCACGCUCCUUCCUUUACCACCAGGUCCGAUUGCUAGUUGGCGUUCUGAAAGCGGUUGGCACUGGGGAACUAACAAUUAGUGAUGUUGAAACGAUUCUGAAUGCGAAGACCAUUACUGCUGCAAGUCCCAUGGCCCCUGCUUGUGGUCUCUAUCUUGGAAAUGUGAAAUAUGAGCUCCCUUGAUAUUUGGAGAGAAUUGGAGAGAAUGACAGGUUCUUGAUUUUCAUGUUGUGGACUGGUUCAGUAGGGAGUUUCUUACUUGUGUAACCUGCCUCACUGCCUCGAUCUGGCAUCUCCUCGUUCAACUUGUUUUCUGGUCAUCAUGCAUUGAGAAGCUGAAGAAUAGUGGGAUAGACUACAGUCACCUCCACUUCUUAAGUUGUUCCGUCCCUUAUACAUGUGCCUUGCAUGCAUGACAACCCAGACUCUCCAAACUAUGGGCGUUAUUGUGGAUGGGUCAUAAACUGAAGUUUGAACUAAAUGAGCAAUCUUAACCAUCUGAUUUUCCUCAUUAUAUUUGAACUGCUCACCAUUUUACUUUAA